AUUCACCAUACCUUCAUUUCGACUUACGCCUUUGCAUACCUCGCGCAUCAACUAGGGACCACUCUUUCAACGCGAUCAUCAAAAUUUUUCAUCAAAUAACCAUUUCAAAAAUUAAUUUUUAUCCAUCAACGACUCCAUCAACAAAUCAGUCAAGAUGGCAAAUCUUCAUUUCGCGCAUUCCGAUGCGCCUCUCAAGGAGAUUAAGGAGAUUCAAUUCAGUCUUCUCUCGCCCGAGGAGAUCAAAGGUGCGAGUGUGGCGGCAAUCACUUACCCGGAGACUAUGGAUGAAACCCGGACAAAGCCACGUAUGAAUGGUCUAAACGACCCCCGCCUUGGCUCGGUAGACCGCCAGUUUAAAUGUGCCACUUGUUUAGAGCCUAUGGCCGAAUGCAAUGGGCAUUUUGGCCACAUCGAAUUGGCAACGGCCGUAUAUCACCCGGGUUAUAUCAAGAAAGUCAAGAAGAUACUAGAGAUUGUCUGCCCAUACUGUAGUAAAGUUCUGGAGGACAGAAGCAACCCAGAAUUCCAGGCUGCAGUGAAUAUUCGAGACCCCAAGAAACGCUUCCAGGCCGUUUGGGUCGUCUGCAAAGGCAAGAGAAUUUGCAGUAAUGAGACGCCUAAAGAUGAGGACAAAGAAUACGAGCCAGGUACCAGACCAAGGGCAGAAGGCCACGGUGGUUGCGGAAGUCUCCAGCCUGCAAUUCGACAAACAGCUCUUCAGCUGUGGUCCCACCAAAAGACGGUGAACGAAGAUGGCGUCAAGGCCAACGAGAAGAAGGAACUCAAAGCUACAGAGGUUCUUAAUAUCCUAAAGCGUAUCACCGACGAAGACUGUUGGGACAUGGGCUUGAACACAGAGUAUGCCCGUCCUGAAAACAUGAUUCUUACCGUGUUGCCUGUCCCACCACCUCCAGUUCGUCCUAGUAUUUCUAUGGACGGUACCGGCCAGGGCCUACGAAAUGAAGAUGACUUGACCUACAAGCUGGGUGAUAUUAUCCGUGCCAACGGCAACGUCCGCCAGGCAAUUCAGACAGCUGCACCUGCUCAUAUCCUCGAAGAAUUUCAACAACUCCUUCAGUACCAUGUUGCUACUAUGAUGGAUAAUGACAUAGCUGGUCAGCCUCAAGCUCUCCAGAAGAGCGGUCGUCCAGUCAAGUCUAUCCGAGCACGUUUAAAGGGAAAGGAAGGUCGGUUGCGUGGUAACUUGAUGGGAAAGCGUGUCGAUUUCUCGGCCCGUACUGUUAUUACCGGCGACGCGAAUAUUUCACUUGAUGAAGUGGGCGUUCCGAAGAGUAUUGCGCGAACGCUGACAUAUCCCGAGACUGUCACGCCGUACAACAUCUCUCGCCUCCACAAGCUUGUCCAAAACGGACCUAACGAGCAUCCUGGCGCCAAGUACGUUGUCCGGACAGAUGGGUCACGAAUUGACCUUCGACAUCAUAAGCGUGCCGGUCAAAUUAAUCUCGAAUAUGGUUGGAAAGUUGAGCGGCAUCUUCAGGACGGUGAUUAUAUCAUAUUCAAUCGUCAACCAUCCCUGCACAAGGAGUCGAUGAUGGGUCACAGAGUCAAGGUCAUGCCUUAUUCCACUUUCCGUCUUAAUCUGUCCGUCACUUCACCUUACAACGCCGAUUUCGAUGGUGAUGAGAUGAAUCUGCACGUCCCACAAACUGAGGAAACGCGGGCUGAGAUUCGCGAGCUUUGCAUGGUGCCCCUCAACAUUGUUUCACCCCAGCGUAAUGGUCCAUUGAUGGGUAUUGUCCAGGACACAUUGGCUGGUGUAUACAAGAUGUGCCGCCGAGACGUGUUCUUGACAAAAGAGGAGGUCUAUAAUACCAUGUUAUGGGUGCCUGACUGGGAUGGAGUUAUUCCCCAGCCUGCGAUUCUCAGGCCGAGGCCGCGCUGGACGGGAAAGCAGAUUGUCAGCAUGAUCAUCCCGAAAGAGAUCAGUCUUUAUACCAAGCCCCAAAGUGGCCCGUGGCUCCCAUUAGUAGAUGAUGGACUGCUUGUCCAAUCUGGACAAUUGCUCUUUGGUCUACUUACUAAGAAGAAUGUCGGUGCCUCUAGCGGUGGCAUUAUUCACCUUUGUUACAAUGAGCUUGGUCCUGAAGGUGCGAUGGCUUUUCUUAACGGGUGCCAGCGCGUUGUGAACUACUGGCUCUUGCAUAACGGCCACAGUAUCGGUAUUGGUGACACAAUCCCUGAUAAAGCAACCAUCGAGAAGGUUCAGGUUCAUAUCGAUGAGUCGAAGGCGGAGGUCGCCCAGUUGACAGCGCAAGCAACAGCAAAUGAGCUCGAAGCUCUUCCUGGUAUGAACGUCCGAGAAACUUUCGAAAGCAAGGUUUCUAAGGCCCUCAACUCCGCCCGUGAUAAGGCGGGUACCACCACUGAGAACAGUCUUAAGGAUAUCAACAACGCUGUCGUCAUGGCCCGUUCUGGUUCGAAGGGUUCUUCCAUCAACAUCUCACAAAUGACUGCCCUUGUCGGUCAACAGAUCGUUGAAGGAAAGCGUAUCCCCUUCGGUUUCAAAUAUCGAACUUUGCCGCACUUCACCAAGGACGACUACUCUCCAGAAGCCCGUGGAUUCGUUGAAAACUCGUAUCUACGUGGUCUGACCCCUUCGGAGUUUUUCUUCCACGCCAUGGCUGGUCGUGAAGGUCUUAUUGAUACCGCUGUGAAAACCGCUGAGACCGGUUAUAUCCAGCGUCGUCUCGUCAAGGCCCUAGAAGAUGUUUCUGCCCGAUACGAUGGCACAGUUCGUAAUUCUCUUGGCGACAUUAUUCAGUUUAUUUACGGCGAAGAUGGUCUUGAUGCUAUGCACAUUGAGAAGCAGCCAAUGGAUCACUGGGUCAUCAGGGACGCCGAUUUUGAGGAGCGAUAUCGUAUUGACGUCAUGGAGGGUCUUCAGCCGCGUGUGCUCGAUGCUCUGGAAUAUGGGCAAGACCUUAUCGGCGAUGCACAUGUUCAGGAACUUUUAGAUAUGGAGUGGGAAGCCAUCUGCAAAGACCGCGAGUACCUUCGAGAUUUGAAGAAGGGUUCUGAGAAGCUCGAAGAAUCAUUCCAGCUUCCGUUGAACACUGGCCGUCUCAUUGAAUCAUCCAAGAAGCUACUCAAAGUUGACGACGCGCGACGAAGCAAUCUUUCUCCACAGGACGUCAUUCCUGCUGUGAGGGAUUUGUUGGCCCGAAUGGUUGUGGUUCGCGGGUCUGAUGACGUGUCCAGAGAAGCUGAUGAAAACUCGACAAGACUAUUCAAGGCGUUGCUCCGUUCGCGAUUGGCAUACAAACGUCUUGCGGUGCACCACCGCCUAGAUAAAUUGGCCUUCCGUCACGUCAUUGGCGAAUUAGAAAACCGAUGGUCUAGGGCAAUGGUAAAUCCUGGUGAGAUGGUUGGUGUGUUAGCUGCGCAAUCAAUUGGUGAGCCUGCAACGCAGAUGACCCUGAACACCUUCCACUUCACGGGUAUUUCCUCAAAGAACGUCACACUGGGUGUGCCUCGUCUCAAGGAAAUUCUCAAUGUUGCUAGCAAUAUCAAGACGCCUUCGAUGAUGGUCUAUCUCGAUGGCAACACCUCCCAGGACCAUGCAAAGAAACUUCGUAGCGCGGUUGAGCACACUAACCUCCGCUCUGUCACGGCAAUGACUGAGAUCUACUAUGAUCCGGAUAUCGAGUCGACACAGAUCGAGCAAGAUGACGAUUUUAUAACAUCGUACUUCAUGCUACCCGAUGACAGCCAGCCUCCUGUUGAAAAGCAGUCCCGGUGGCUGCUCCGUUUCGUCUUGGAUCGGCAGAAGAUGCUAGACAAGGGUCUCACUGUGGAGGAUGUGGCUAUCCGCCUUAGAGAGGAAUACCCUACCGACUUGGCUGUCAUUUGCAGUGACAAUAACGCAGAUCAACAAGUGAUCCGUAUUCGUCCAAUGCCGGAAGAUAAGGAUGAUCCUGACAAGAGUAUCGAAGACGAUGUGAUGCUGAAGCGGCUGGGCGAGCAUCUUCUAGAAAAUCUUACGCUCCGCGGAAUCAAGGGUAUUGAACGUGCUUUCUUGAACAAGGGAACCAAGAUUGCCAUUGACAAGAGCGGUGCCCUGAUCCAAUCCAAAGAUAACCCCUUGUGCGAAGAAUGGUACCUCGACACCACUGGUACAGCUCUGCGAGAGGUUUUGGCGGUUCCUGGAGUGGACGCCAAGCGUACUAUUACCAACGACCUAUGGCAGACCGUUGAAGUCUUCGGUAUCGAGGCUGCUCGACUUGCCCUUCUCAACGAAUUGCGACGAGUGCUGGCAUUUGACGGUUCAUAUGUCAACGAACGACAUCUUUCUCUAUUAGUCGAUGUAAUGACGUACAGAGGCAGCAUUGCUGCGGUUACCCGUCACGGCAUUAAUAGGGCGGAUACCGGCGCAUUGAUGAGGUGUUCCUUUGAGGAGACCGUCGAGAUUUUAUUGGAGGCUGCUGCCAUGGGCGAAGUUGAUGACUGCAGGGGUAUCUCGCAAAACGUUAUGCUUGGUCAACUUGCUCCUAUGGGCACAGGCCACCUUGACGUUUUCCUAGAUCCCAAGAUGCUUGAAACUGUCAUUUCAGAUAACUCCAGGAUGGGUUUGAUGCCUGGAAUGACGGUCAAGGGAGGUUCGGUCGAAGGAGCUGCAACCCCAUACGAUACAGGUUCGCCAAUGGCAGAUUCUGGUUACGGGAUAUCCCUUGCGUCUCCAUCCAUGGGCAUGGGUAAUUUCUCACCGAUUGUUGGGGCUGGGUCCGACUCGCCUUCGGGCUUCGGAACGGAAUACGGAGGAUUUGGAAGUGCAAGCCCGUAUGGAGGACGAAGCGCUGGAGCUACGAGUCCGUUCUCCGGUGGUGCUUCUCCAUCUUCUCCGUUCAGCAGCUAUGGUGCUGGAGGUUACUCGCCAAGCUCACCUAGCGGUAGCUAUUCGCCAGCAUCACCAAUGAUUGGAGGCCAAUACAAUAGCUCACCACGUUUCAGUCCAUCGUCUCCAUCCUUUUCUCCCAGUUCACCGCAGUUCAGAGGUGCAAGCCCGUCGAGCCCGAACUACAGUCCUACAUCACCUGUCUACUCUCCUACGUCACCAACAUCUCCGAGACAUUACUCUCCAUCUUCGCCUAAUAUGAACUCGCCCACGUCACCGAGUUACUCGCCGACAAGUCCGGCUUAUAGCCCUACGUCUCCUCAUCAUGCGGGUACUACUUCACCUAGCUAUUCUCCGGUGUCGCCAAAUUAUUCGCCCACGUCCCCGACAGGUUAUUCUCCGACGAGCCCGCUUCAUAGAGCUCCAGGAGCGCAGCAGUCUCCAACGAGUCCCAAAUACUCGCCUACGUCUCCUCAGUAUUCUCCUAGAACUCCUGGCGCCGGCGGGAACACCAGCCCCAAGUAUUCUCCCACCUCCCCCAAGGGUGAUUAAGUCACUAAAGCAUAAUAUACACCCAAGGCGUCUUGCGUAUCUUUAUACAUCUGCAUUUUAGGGGGUUCUCUUGUUCGCCGGUUCUAUUCUUUUUUUGGCGGCUCUGGUAGAUGAUACUACG